CGGAUGCCUGGCCGCUCUCUCCGCCGCCUACGGCUAGGCUAUUUAACACACGCUGCGCUCGGCUCGCUCCCCAGUCACCCAGGCUCUCCACAGUCCACACCCCCGCUCCCUCUCCCUCGCCGCCGACGGUUUCUCCUGCGCAAAUCAUCUCAUAUCUCGGCAAAGAUGAGGGAGAUCCUUCACAUCCAGGGUGGACAGUGUGGCAACCAGAUUGGUGCCAAGUUCUGGGAGGUGGUGUGUGACGAGCAUGGUAUUGACCCAACUGGGCGGUACACGGGCACUUCUGACCUGCAGCUGGAGCGCGUCAAUGUUUACUACAAUGAGGCCUCAUGCGGUCGCUUUGUUCCCCGUGCUGUCCUGAUGGACCUUGAGCCUGGUACCAUGGACAGUGUCCGCACUGGACCCUAUGGGCAGAUCUUCCGCCCUGACAACUUUGUCUUCGGGCAAUCUGGUGCGGGUAACAACUGGGCCAAGGGUCACUAUACCGAGGGUGCUGAGCUCAUUGAUUCUGUUCUGGAUGUUGUGAGGAAGGAGGCUGAGAACUGUGAUUGCCUACAAGGAUUCCAAGUAUGCCACUCUCUUGGUGGUGGUACUGGUUCUGGUAUGGGUACAUUGUUGAUUUCGAAAAUCAGGGAGGAGUACCCUGACCGCAUGAUGCUGACAUUCUCAGUAUUCCCAUCACCGAAAGUAUCUGAUACUGUGGUUGAGCCAUACAAUGCCACUCUCUCAGUCCAUCAGUUGGUUGAGAAUGCUGAUGAGUGCAUGGUUCUUGACAACGAGGCUCUCUAUGACAUCUGUUUCAGGACUCUCAAGCUGACCACACCUAGCUUUGGAGAUUUGAACCAUUUGAUCUCUGCCACCAUGAGUGGAGUCACAUGCUGCCUGAGGUUCCCUGGUCAGCUGAAUUCCGACCUCCGGAAGCUGGCAGUGAACCUUAUCCCCUUCCCUCGUCUGCACUUCUUCAUGGUGGGCUUUGCUCCACUUACAUCCCGUGGAUCUCAGCAGUACCGUGCCCUGACAGUCCCUGAACUCACCCAGCAAAUGUGGGAUUCAAAGAACAUGAUGUGUGCUGCUGAUCCUCGUCAUGGUCGUUACCUAACGGCCUCAGCCAUGUUCCGUGGAAAGAUGAGCACAAAGGAAGUUGAUGAGCAGAUGAUCAAUGUCCAGAACAAGAACUCGUCAUACUUUGUUGAGUGGAUCCCCAACAAUGUGAAGUCCAGUGUCUGUGACAUCCCACCAACAGGCCUCUCCAUGGCAUCGACCUUCAUUGGCAACUCCACAUCUAUCCAGGAGAUGUUCCGGAGGGUGAGUGAGCAGUUCACUGCCAUGUUCAGGAGGAAGGCUUUCUUGCACUGGUACACUGGUGAAGGCAUGGACGAGAUGGAGUUCACUGAGGCAGAGAGUAACAUGAACGACCUCGUCUCAGAGUACCAGCAGUAUCAGGAUGCUACUGCUGACGAGGAGGGCGAGUACGAGGAUGAAGAGGAGCUCCAGCCCGAGGACAUGUAAGGAGGUCCGUGGUGCUUUGCUGAGUGGGGUUCUAAGGCGGAGUUUGAUUUGUUUGGUACUUCAUUCCAUAUAUAUUAUUCCCGCAAUACCACCAGUGCUCCACAGUUCUCCCUGUCCUUUGUAUUUUCCAUGUAAUGGCACCUUUUGGGUAUUGUACAACUUAAUGCUGUUCGGUAUAUUCUGCUUUGAGGUGUCUGGAGGACAUAUGAUGGUGAAUUCGAGCCUUUUCUUUGUUUAUA